UGUGUGUGAGCAUUUGAGAAGAAUAAUCUAUAGGUUUUGAUGGAGUGUGUUGAUGAUCCUCCAAGAGCGGUGAGGCAUGAGCACAUGGUGGUUGUGCCGUACCCCUCUUGCGGCCACAUAAACCCCAUGAUGUACCUCUCCAAUUCCAUUGUCUCCACCAACCCCAACAUCCACAUCACCUUUGUUGUCACCCAACAAUGGCUCCCUUCCAUUAUUACCGAACAACAAAACAACAACAUUCGAAUCCAUUCCAUUCCCAACCUCGUAUCCAACGAAUCAUCGCCCUCUUUUAGUAGCACCGUGGAAGCCGCUAUGACCAAAAUGGAACCUGCCAUAGACAGGUUACUCAAUGAAAUUGACCAACCACCCACGGCUAUCAUCUACGACGGUUUCUUAUAUUGGGUUGCAGGUCUUGCAAAUCGGAGGAAUAUUCCGGUGGCUGCUUUUUGGACCACUACAGCUUCCGAAUUGUGGCUGCAGUGUUUUAACUUGCUGCACCAAUAUCAUCAACUCUCUCAUCAAAACCUGUUAGGAGGAAAUAGUGACAAACUUGUAGAUUAUAUUCCUGGAAAAUCUUGGAUUCGUUUGGCGGAUAUUCCUCUUCUUGACAAGAACAACCAGAAAGUUUUGCAUUGGGCUAUGAAAAGUUGUGAAUCGAUGCUUAAAUCACAUUGCUUAUUAUUGCCUACCUUCUAUGACUUAGAAUCCAAAGUCAUUGAUGCUAUGAGAGUAAAAACUUCGAUACCCAUUUACACGAUUGGCCCAAACAUACCUUAUUUUAGCCUUGAAGAAGAAAAUUCAAGAACAAGAAGUGAUGUUGAUGAUAAAAAUGUUAAUGGGCACGGUUAUUAUUUAGCGUGGCUAGAUACCCAACCCUCUAAUUCUGUUUUGUAUAUCUCAUACGGAAGCUUUCUUUCGGUUUCAAGUGCACAAAUGGAUGAAAUUGCUAAUGCUUUGAAAAGAAGUGGUGUUAGAUUCUUGUGGGUUAUACGUGAAGAAGGUUCUAGAAUAAAAGAGAUUUUUGGUAACAACAACAUGGUGGGUUUGGUGGUACCUUGGUGUGACCAAUUGAAAGUGUUGUUACAUCCUUCAAUAGGGGGUUAUUGGACACAUUGUGGUUGGAAUUCCAUAAUGGAAGGUGUUUAUGGUGGUGUUCCAUUUUUAACCUUCCCAAUAGGAUUGGAUCAACCACUGAUUAGUAAGAUGAUAGUUGAGGAUUGGAUGGUUGGGUGGAGAGUGAAGAAAGAUGAUAGAAGUGAUGCUUUGGUGACAAGUGAUGAAAUUGUUACGUUACUCAGGAAAUUCAUGCAAUUGGAUAGUGUUGUUGGAAGUGAUAUCAGAAAAAGGGCUAAAGAGCUUCAGAGAUUGUGUCAUGUUGCAAUUGCAAAAGGUGGGUCUUCUCAAAUUAAUAUCAAGGCAUUUCUAAAGAAUAUAACAUCAACUGUGGUGUUCAAGCCUAAUGGAUCAAAUGGUAGUGCAUAAUAAGCAGGAAGAUUUAUUAUUUGAGAAUCUCAAUUAUUGCUUUAUGUUGGGUAUGUCAUGUUUUACGAGUUUUAUAUUUUUGAGAUAAAUAACAAAUCUUUACUUCAAAGAUUAUAACACUCAUAAAAUGGUAUUUGAUUGUUUUUAUUCAUAAAAUAGCUCUUAAAAAAUUUUAAAAUUUGACAAAAUUACCCUUAAUAAUAUAAAAGAAACACGUUACAGUAAACGAAAAAUCCUAAUAUAAUCGUCCAAGGAUAUCAAGACCACCACCAACCCCUUCUUCUUCUUCCCUCUUCAGCGCCGGUGAAGGAGGACACACGCGAUGGCAACGCAAGAGAGUACGAUCCAUUACGGCGUAAUGGAGGAGGGCAACGCGUUUACUCAUGGCCGCUGCUUCACUUUUGAACCCCUGUUCUUCUCUCGCAUCAACCGCCGCCACCUCUACCACCACCACCUCCAUCUCCAAACCCUCUUCUUUCCCUCUCUUCCACAAC